AUGAGUAGAAACACGGGGAGCUCAUCACGGCCCAUUGCUGGUACAUCAAGCCAACGCAGUGGUUCUGCUGGCCACUCGCACUUUGGCAGCUCGUUUCGAUCAGGUUCGCCACUGGCACAGGAGUCAAUCGCUCGAGAUAUCGCGGAGAGCUCCGGCGGUGACGAUGCCGCCAGCAUAGACUCGUGCGGGGAUGGCGAGGGCUCCGACAACGAGUCCGAGGCCUCCACACUUCGCCCAACUCACCAGAUGUCAGGCUCCUAUAGGCGGCCUAGCUUCGUUGCUUUUGGAGGAGGAAACAGGCCCGCUAUAGCCCCACAGCAUCCGGAAAUCGAUCAUCUCAGCAAGAGAGAAAUUGCGCAGGCAAGGAAGGAAGAAGAGAGCCUGCUGCGAGACAAUCAUCUCGCGCCUCCAAAGCACCCACGGUCAAAGGAUGAAGCGUUACCAUCUAGGAUAUAUCGUAGCAUAUUCAGUACGAAAGUACCAAGAGCCAGAGGUGACGACGAGGCCCCUGAGGCACUCGCUCCCGGCUUCACAGCCCAGCCAAGUGAAACCUCUCCUUUGCUCUCACAUGGUGCGCCCGAGUCGGCUAGGGAUAUCCACGAGAGGUUGAAUAGGCUAUGGGAGGAUGCAGUUCGCGAAGGAAAGAUUGAGACGACAUGGCAGCGAGAAGCAAAGACGCUGGCGCAAUAUUCGGCCCCUCUGAUUAUUACAUUCCUCUUGCAGUACUCCCUGACGGUGGCGAGUAUCUUUACUGUUGGACACAUUGGGAAGAUCGAGUUGGGAGCUGUCUCUCUGGCUUCCAUGUCGGCAAAUAUCACUGGUUAUGCCAUUUUUCAGGGACUGGCAACCAGUUUGGAUACGCUAUGUGCCCAGGCAUACGGUUCUGGGCGCAAGCACCUAGUCGGUCUUCAAUGCCAACGAAUGGUACUAUUUCUAUGGUCUCUCUCCAUUCCAAUUGGGAUUUUUUGGCUUUUUUCAAACCGAAUUCUUGAAGCCAUAGUCCCGGAGAAGGAAUCAGCAGACCUAGCUGGCCUAUACCUCCGCGUCCUAAUUUUUGGGCUCCCAGGGUAUGCGCUCUUCGAGAGCGGCAAGCGUUUCGUCCAGGCGCAAGGUCUUUUCAGCGCGACGACAUAUGUCCUCCUUAUCGCAGCGCCAUUGAACGCCUUUAUGAACUGGCUCUUCGUCUGGCGCUUCGAAUGGGGCUACAUUGGCGCCCCAAUCGCCGUUGUAGUGACCCAUAAUUUGCUGCCCAUCCUCCUUUUUCUCUACGUGUACUUCAUCGACGGCCACCAAUGUUGGAAUGGCUUCAACCACCGCGCCCUUAGCAACUGGGGCCCAAUGGUGAAGCUCGCUCUGCCAGGUCUCGUUAUGGUCGAAGCCGAAUUCCUUGCUUUCGAGGCCCUCGUCCUGGCAUCCAGCUACUUCGGCACCACGCAUCUCGCUGCGCAAUCGGUCCUCGGAACCGUCAGCGCAAUCACCUUCCAGAUCCCGUUCCCCCUAUCAAUCGCCGCCUCGACGCGUGUUGCGAACCUCAUCGGCGCCACAUUGUCGAGCGCUGCACGCACCUCAGCCAAGGUGGCCAUCUACGGCGCCGUCCUCGUCGGCCUCUUCAACGUCAUCUUGCUCUCGACUCUGCGCCACCACAUUCCCCAGCUCUUCACCGACGACCCGGAGGUUAUCGAGCUCGUCGCGCGUGUCCUACCUAUCUGCGCGGCGUUCCAGCUCUUUGAUGCGCUUGCCGCUCUGUCGAAUGGGCUCUUGCGUGGCCUGGGGAGGCAGGAGAUAGGCGGCUAUAUCAACUUAUUCUGUUACUACGUUAUCGCGCUCCCGAUUUCGUUCGGGACGGGGUUUGGCCUUGAUUGGAAGUUGGAGGGGCUGUGGGGCGGUGUUGCGGUGGGGCUGGGGUUGGUGGCAGCGGGUGAGGGGUUCUUCCUCGCUACGACGGAUUGGGAUCGGGCGGUUGAGGCUGCGGCGCAUAGGAAUGCGCAUGCGUGA